CGGAGCGAUCUGCGGAGGUGUCGGCAUCAGGCGACGGUGUACUGUACCAACGGCAUCGCUGCGUACGGUCACCGUAAAGAGAGAGAGAGAGAGAGAGAGAGAGAGAGAGAACGAGAGAGAAAAGGAGAGCGAGCGAAUUCAUGAAAGAGCGACGAGAAAGACAGAGAAGAAGACAAGGAUAGAGAAGCAGGUACGAGGGCCCCGCACACACAUACAGACGAAAGGCUCGUUCGGUGAGAGCGAGACGAAAGGAGGGAGUGGAGAGGGGAGAGAAGAAGUGAAAGAGAGAGAGAGAGAGAGGAGCGCGAACUCGUGGUGUGCGGAGGUGCCACCAGUCAGAGUAGCAGCGGAGACGGAGAGUCGGAGGUGGCCCGUGCCUGUGGCUACCCGUGACCGCCCGUGGCUCAUUGUAACCCGCCGCCCCGCUGUUGCAACGUGACGCGAAGGUGCGUGGUUGUUGCGCGCCCCGGGUUCGUUCGCCCGCCGCUCGUUAUUUACCUCUCUCGAUACCCGAGACCCGGUCGACACGGCGCGUCGUCCACCGGGAGCAGCAGCGCGAGGUGCUCUCCGCCGCCGUCUCCUUUUCUCUCUCUCUCUCUCUCUCUCUCUCUCUGUCUCUUUCUUUCUUUCUUUUUCACUCGCUCUCCUCGUUCCUUUUUCUCACCUCCUCUCUCCGUCUCCUUCUUCCUCGUAGACGCGAAUGUGAUCGGUAUAGUGCGACCAGUGCGACGUGAUACGUUCUCGCUCGCGGAUCGCUCUUCGCUGUGCUCGCGCGAUAGAAUAGGUGCCUCGGUGCCGUCAUCGUGAAAAAAGACUGUCAGGAGUGCCUUAUAUUACUUCCUCUCCGCACGAGUUGGACUUGUACGAUACGACACGUUCGCCGUCAUCGGUCGGAGAGAUCCCGAACGAGAGACAGAGAUAGAGAGAGAGAGAGAGAGAGAGAGAGCGCUGCGGCGCGCUCGAGGACGAGAUACAGAAGGAACGAUCGACACGGCAUUGUAUACACUUGACUGUAGAUAGCUCCCGAUAAUUCACAGACACGACAAUAAGAGGUUCCGCCGUAAGGAUGCUGUACGCUUUCGCGGAGAUCGAGAGGCCGCGAGUCAUAUCACGAGCUGCUUGCAGCAGCGUAAUCAGCUGAGAAUGUCGGAGCAAAACGGGCCCAGCGAGGGCCCAGGACCAGGGCCCGGUUCGGAUUCAGGCUGGUGGCCCACCCAGACCUGGAAAUCAUCGUCAUCAUCGUCAUCGACGACGGCGACGAAUUCAUCGUCAACUUCCACUUUAGCAGCAGGUUCUGCGUCCAUUUCCGUUUCCUGCGCCACGUCCAGCUCGUCACCGACGAGCUCCUCCACCUCGACCAACACGUCCGCGUCCUGUUUGCCCCUGUCUUGCAUCGGUGUAUCGAUGAGCCCGAGCCGUUCCACGGAGACGGGGAAAAACGUAUCCGUCACCACUAUUAACGUACCGCCCAAUCAAGAGAUGCACGAUGGUAAAGGAGUGUGUAAAUAUCUCGGAGGACAGAACGGCGUGACAGUGUCAGUGGUAUCGACCUCGGUGCUGGGAUGCGGAAAUGUCGUCCCGACGAGUGGAAUCUGCACGAAUACGGGACCGCAUAGUAUCGGCAUCGGAAUCGGCGGUAUCCUCGCUGCGAACGCGGCCGACAUCGACGAUCCCGAGGACAGCGACGGUGAGAUCAGCAAGAUUGACUUUAGAGGCGUUAAUCUACGCUCGAAGAAGAAACGUGACGUAUCGAGUAACCAGAACGGUGACAAGAUCGGCGACGGGGAGGCAAAUGGCGAUGGCGCGGGAUACUGCGACGAUAAUUCGCAACAGCAGCCCGAGAGACCAAUGUCGUGGGAGGGGGAAUUAUCGGACCAAGAAAUGUCUUCCAAUACAAUUACUAAUCAGGAUAACGAGGAAACGUCCAUGGAGGGAGUUCAGGUGUGCAGUACGAGUCCUGGACCUAUGGAACAGAAAUUUCCGAUUAAGUCAGAGCCGGAUUUUCGAUCCAGUCCGGCUUUCACAAUAGGAUCCUUUCACGACGCCGGACUACCCAUGAGUCAUAACCAACAACUGCAACAGCAACAACAGCAGCAACGCGGUAUCGAAAAUCUCGAGCAGACUCAACAAAGCGACCUACCGCUUCUCGUGGGCAAGCUUCUCGGCGGAUAUAAUAAUUCCACGCCUAAUCACAGCCCCAUUCUCAAUCCGCGACAUCAUUUAACCAAGCACAGUCAUACUAGAUCGCAGGUGCCGUCACCAGAUUCCGCCAUUCAUUCUGCAUAUAGCGUCUUCAGUUCACCGACGCAAAGCCCUCAUGCUGCACGGCACUCCGCCUUAGCGGGCAGUCCGAUACCGUCCUCAUCGUUAUCCCUCUCUCGGCACAGCUUCAACAAUUCAACCUCCUCGCUCUCCCUGUCACUGUCACAUUCGCUUUCGAGGAACAACUCGGACGCUUCCAGUAGCUGUUACAGUUACGGCUCGCUUAGCCCGCCUACGCAUUCACCCGUCCAACAACCGAGACAUCCGCAUUCGCACUCGCAACAUCAUCAGCAUCAAGUGGCGCAAGGUAGUCCGUUGCAUCUUCCGGCAUCGUCCGCUGUCGCCACGCAUCAUUACUCAUCCUCUUCCGUGCCAGGAUCGGAAUUAUCGCCGGACGGCCACCCGGUCGCGGAGGAUCAGGAAGACUGUAGAAUACCUUCGGCGCAAUCGGGUAUUUCCACCAGACAGCAAUUGAUAAAUAGUCCCUGUCCGAUUUGCGGUGACAAGAUAAGCGGAUUUCAUUACGGUAUCUUCUCGUGCGAAUCGUGCAAGGGAUUCUUCAAACGCACCGUCCAGAAUCGCAAGAACUAUGUGUGCCUUAGAGGCGCAGGCUGUCCGGUCACCGUGGCCACGAGGAAAAAAUGUCCGGCCUGUCGCUUCGACAAGUGCCUCAACAUGGGUAUGAAGCUUGAGGCGAUCAGGGAGGAUCGUACCAGAGGCGGUAGAAGCACAUAUCAGUGCACCUAUACUCUACCGGCGAAUCUCGUCGGCAGUCCCGCCGGCGGUAUGGCCGGCAACGAAAAACUGACUGCGGCGGGCAAUUGCAGUCCGGCACCGGCCGGAAGCGAACAUCAUUAUUCAGUCAGAUAUCAUUCGAAUCAUUCUCACAGGAUGCAAGUGCCGCAACUCUUGCAAGACAUUAUGGACGUGGAGCAUCUCUGGCAUUAUAACGACAAUGAUCGAGCAAGCGGAGGAAUAUCCGGGAAUGCGAGGAGCAUCUCUAUUAGCGGUGAUAGCAAUAUGCUGCUCGGUGGAUUCGGAAGUAGCGCAUCCGCACCCGGUGGCACUGCGACUACCAUCGGAAAUAACGGAGGCGCGGUGGAAUGUUCGUCGAACGAUUCGAACAACGUCGAUACUAACAACAGAAGAGGAGAGUCGGGUAGCCCCGCCGGCUCGACUUCCAUAGGGGCGCCCGAUCAACAUUCCACGAACGGCAAUACCGUGAAUAAUAGCAAUUCCCAAAUCGCUAGUAAUUCCAAUAAUGGCAAUCCGACGCAACAUCCGGACUUUCUGUCUAACCUAUGCAACAUCGCGGAUCAUCGACUCUAUAAGAUUGUCAAAUGGUGCAAGAGUCUGCCGUUAUUCAAAAAUAUCUCUAUUGAUGAUCAAAUCUGUUUGUUAAUCAACUCUUGGUGCGAGCUAUUACUCUUCUCUUGCUGUUUUCGCAGCAUGAACAGUCCCGGUGAGAUCAGAGUGUCUCUCGGCAAGUCGAUCACUUUAGAACAAGCUAGAGAGCUUGGUUUAGCGACUUGCAUCGAGAGGAUGCUCGCUUUUACAAAUAAUCUGCGAAGACUGAGAGUAGAUCAAUAUGAAUAUGUUGCUAUGAAGGUGAUCGUGCUGUUAACAUCCGACAUAAGUGAAUUAAAGGAACCUGAAAAAGUCAGAGCUUCUCAAGAAAAAGCCCUUCACGCAUUGCAGCAAUACACAAUCGCAAAAUAUCCAGAAAUGCCUGCCAAAUUCGGUGAACUAUUAUUGAGAAUUCCAGAUCUACAAAGAACAUGUCAAGCAGGAAAAGAAUUGCUCAGUGAGAAACGUGCUGAGGGAGAAGGCAGCUCCUUUAAUCUUCUAAUGGAAUUGUUGAGAGGAGAUCACUAAAUGAUCAGCACAGUAUAAAUCAAGCCAUUCCACGCUUAUAGGGUCCAUAAGCUUAGGGAAUCGGAUAUAAUAGGUUAUCGCAAAGUGUAAGAAAGAUUAGAGAAAAAACGGCAGAUGUAUAAGAUCUAUAGGGACAUUAGUAUUUGGUGAGGGGAUUGCAUUCUUUGUAAUUAGGUCGCAUUAAUCUAAUAAAGAUGAGAGAGGAACUUUCUAUUUUACAUCAGAAUGCUUCCAUAUAGGUCGCGCGUGUUCGUGUUCUUAUAUCGAAACAAGAAUUUCGAAGCGGCCUACGGUACACUGGAUAUUCAGUGUACAUGUAGAUGCUAAUGAGACUGAAAGUAUAAUUGACACAGAGACACGCAGAGCAUUUACUUUUCCAAUGAUAAGCGUUGUAUGUGAGAUGGUAUCAAAUGGCAUUGCUAAAUUGCUAAUGCUAAAUUUUAUUAGAGAUGGGUGUUACCUAUUCGAGCGCCAACUCUUUAUAAUAGGAAACGCGAAAUCUAUAAACAAAGUUGACCUCUGUAAUUAACGGUUAUAAUAGAAAACACCAGUAUUGCAUAUUGUUCUGCGCUUACUUAAGAACAGAGCAUAGCCAUGCCUUAUAUAUCCCGGUUAUGAAAGUGUACUUAAAAAACUCAACACAUCAGUCGACCAAUUAUCUACUUAUAGAGCAAUUAAUCAUGAAAUAAUUAGUUAAUAUGUCACACAUACACACACACAUACACAUAUAUAUAUCAUCCAUGGAGUACAUGGUUCUUAUCGAUCACACAAAAUACAUUUUUUAUUCUCUUUAUAUAUUUUAACAGUUUGUCAAAAGAAAAACAAAACUAUUUGAUAUAAAUAUUAGAAAAAUUUGCAAGAGGUGAUGUCAUGCUCGAAUACAUAUAGCUGCUAUCUUUUCUCUAAAUGUUCUUUUUUUAUUUUGUUAUUUUUUUUACUUUUUGAAGAAAAGAAUUGGUUAAUAUUGUUUUCCCGUUUUAUUUAUACAGAAAAAAUUUUAUUUUUAUUGAGACUUAUAAAAAAAUGAAAAUAGCAAAUCAAAUUAUAUGUUACAUAUAUGUUUAUGUCAUAUAUUUAUAUUUAUAUUAUACAUCAUUUUGCACGAUUAUAUAUAUAAUUAUAAAAAGAUAUUAGUUUUUAUUUCUUUCAAUAUAUUGGCAAACUUUAAUUAAGAAUUUACCCAAAUUUUAUAUUAUCAGUAAGAAUGUUUUUAUAAUUGUAAAAACCAAAAUUUUUAAAAACUAAUAUAUUUGCCAAUCAUGCAAAUUUAUUAUGUUAUUGUUAUGAGAUAUUCUCAAAUAUAUGAUACAAGAUAUCAAUCAAUACUGAUAUUUGAGAGAGAAUAUGAUUUGAAAUUUAUAUAUACACUGGUUGUAUGCAUGUAUAUAGACAAAUAAAAAAGGAUGGAUAGUUGACUAUCAAUAAA